AGAAUUAUCAUUGUGUUUCAACUCUAUCCAUGAAAUUGAUAGCUAUUAUUAUGUUCGGGAGGAACAAAAUUUUAACAGCAUCAAGAUAACUGGAUAUAAUGAAAAUAGCUUUCAUAAUUUUUUUCAACCAAAUAUGAUAUAUUUAGUUAGACCCCAUGCGAAUUUAGUUCUUAAUAAUUUAACAAGCUCUUCUAGUCCUAAAUGCUUCGUGUAUUUUUCUGAAAUAUAUUUUGUAAAUUUUUUCUCAGAUUAUAUUUACAUUUUUUUGUACAAGGACUGCAAGUUUUUUUCUUCUUUCCAGGGUAUGGCCGACGAUGACGCCCCUUCUAAGUCGUUGGGAAUACGUAUACAGGGCAAGAUUGCCAGCAAGAUGUCUACAAAGGGCUUAGCCAAACAAGUCGUGGAUGGACCGACGUCCGAUCUGAUUGAUAACUGCUACAAAAUCGCCAAGACUUAUUUGGAGAGUAAGAAAGACGCGGAGAAAAUAAUGAAGAACAUGAUAAAACUUGUCGUUAAGGUGGCCAUAUUGUCUCGAAACAAUAUGUUCACCAAGGAGGAGAUAACGCAUCUGCAGAACUUUCAGAAAAAAUUCAAAACUCUAGCCAUUACGAUAAUUAGUUUUUAUGAAGUGGACUUUACCUUCGACGGCGAGUACAUGAUUAAAAUUUUGAAUGAGUCGAGAGAACUCCUCGAACUGUCCGUGAAAAAUCAUCUAACGGAUAAAUCGUUGAAGCGGAUCGAUAACGUGUAUUCGUUUUAUUCCGACCCGAAAGUGUUAGAUAAGCUUUUCUUACCAGACAGCUCCUACCGGCCGUUUCUUGAAAAUAUCGUCAACGCCCUCAACAAACUCAUUGACAAUGGAGAAUUGUAAAAUAAAAAAAUAGAUUCGGAAUUGUUAUGGUCACGUGACUUAAGAAGUGAUUAAUGGCGGUAAAAGCAUGUUACUGUUGUACAUUUUUACGCUACGCCUGGAUAUAUGACUACACAACAUUUUUUUAUCUUCACGACACGCAUAACUUUUAUUUUUAGUUUGAUGUCUAUAUCGCCUUUGCUUUUAAAAAACUUAAAAUCUUACCAUAGGAGAUAAGAAAAGUCUAGUCUCGCACAGCAAUUACCACCAUUAUAUCUGUCUUUCCAUAGCGCCAUUUUUUUAUUAUCGAUCUUACUUUAUCCUUACAAAUAAUAAUUUGUUCUUUUUAUAUGUGUAUUUGUUUUUAUCAAUAUACAACUGUGACAUUU